CCUGAGCCGAGGAGUUUGAUGCAUUUCCAGUUCCGUGCAGGCAGUGCUGGGGGCCAAUCCCCAACGCAGCCCCCACUGGCAAAACUGGUCACUAUUUCUACACUUCAGCAAACAGGCAUUAAAUAUUCAUGGGCUACAAGUUACGUGGUUCCUCAUUAGUUAGUAUUUUAUCUUCUGUUGGUUCAAUGAUCCUCUCACUUCUUGUGCUAAUUGGGCCACAUGCUCAGUUUUCUCCUUCUUUUGAGUCAGUGGGUUUUUUGACUCGGUGGCCACGAUCACCUCUUGCUGGAAUUACCCAGUUUGCCCUUUGAAUUGGUGGUUGGCUUUGUUUCUUCAUCAUCAUCUCAUGGUUGUGUGGCCAAGUGUCCCUGGUCUGUUGGUUCAGCGUUCUGCUGGCCUUGGUUCCCAUUGAUGUAUUGGCUCAAGUUUCUUCCCUCUACAGCUGUAGGUACUGAGGCCUAUUAGACCUGCAAUUCUGACAUGUGUUAAAUAGAAUUUCUCUGUUUGGAAGCCGUACAUCAGGGUGAGCAGCACCCUUGUGAUGCAGGAACCGACAGCGUUGGAGUGUUCCAACGGAAAGGUUGUGAGGUGGGAACCGACAACGGUGCCCUGGAAGUGGCGCUCUGGAAUCUGCUCAUUCUGCCUGCUCUUGUCCCACGGAGAGGGAGCUAGAGGAGCAGCAGGAGCCUCAGUAUGGUGCUGGUCUCGGGGUUGUGCAAAGCCCUGCGGCAGCAGAGGGGCCGGGGCAAGAACCCGGCACCGCGGCCUCGGGCCAAGCGCCAUUCGGAGGAGCCGAGCCAGGCACUGGAGUUUGCCCGCAGUGUCGGCGCCCUCGUGCUGGGCCUGGCUCUGGCCAGCAUUUAUGGGGCACUGGUGCUGCUGGUGCAGGGCCACGAUGUCUGGUACUGCCUGUGCAUCACCAUCAUCCUGGGAGCAGGGCUGGGGCUGGGCAUGGCCUUCUCCAGGAACACGCGGAUGAUCGUGCUGCUGGCACUGCCACACUUCUUCACCAGGGAGGGGAAGAUUCUGAUCGUGAUGCUGGCGCUGUGCAUGACCGUGCAGGGCCCUGGCACCAAUGUCCUGAACAACGUCUCCCAGCUCGCCAAGGCACUGUCGUGUGGGGCUGAACUGGCCCAAAACCAGACGGCCGAGCGGCUGGAACGUGCCAAGCAGCCACUGCUGAACCUGCAGAACAAGAUCAAGGACAUUGGCCAGAACGCCAAGGUGGUGAGCGACCGCGUCCGCAAGUUCGUCCGCUCCAUCAUGGGUUCCACCAGACACGUCGCCCGGAUCCUGCACAACGUCUGGCUGUGGCUGUCGAAGGUCGGUGACGUCUGCAACAAGGAGCUGGGGUCACCCUACCAGAGCUGCGUUCGCGCCAUCGAAAAGGCCAAGGACGACUGCGAGCGCGCCCUCCCCCUCCUCUUCUUCAUCUGCUACGUCGUCCUCGGCUUCAAGUGGCUCUGCAACGUGGCUGAUGUUGUUGCCGGCUUAUUCUGCAUCAUCCCACAGUAUAUCCAGGAGUUUGUCCGGGCAAACAUCGCAGCCCCCAUCACGGACGCUCUGAACCACAUCCGCCGGGAGUUUGAGUUCAACAUCUCGGUCGUGCACCACUUCAACGUCAGCCUCAACGCCAGCAAGAGCCUGGGGCAGGUGUCCCGGGACAUAAUGGAGGCCGUGCAGCUCCACCUGGAGCCCUACCACCACGGCCUGGAGGUCUUCUCCUACAUCUCCUUCUGGGCCAUCCUCUACUUGUGCUUCCACGCGAUGUGGUACCGGCGCCGCUACCUGUGGGACGACACCUUCGACAACGUUUACAUCACACGGCGCUUCGUGGAGCUGGACCUGCGGCGGGCGGAGCAGGGCAGACCCACCGUGCUGCCCCUGACGGCGCGGGAGAGGGGCCGCUACAUCCCCCCAGCCGCGCUGUGGCUGUCAAAGAAAGAGAGGCGGCAGUAUGGCAUCCAGCUGAUGGGCUUGCUGCGCCACGUGCUGCUGGGCUUCAGCAUCAUCCUGGCCGACUACAGCAUCUUCUGGCUGCUUGACCUGUUCCGGCACCAGCUGAGUGCAGAGAUCGUUGCCAGGGCGCCAUCGACAGUGGCUGUCAGCGUCAAUGGGACGGGCUACACCAGUGAGAUCUUCCAGGAUCUGGUGUCUGCCUUCAACGCGCUGCAGGAGGGCAAGGUCUCGGUGCUGUCCCAGGCCUGCCUCAUCGAGCCCUUGGAGCCCGACCACAACACCUACAUCACCAUCGGAAUCCUGUACGGUCUCUGGCUUUUCAUCACCAUCUUUGGCUCCUACAUGGCACGCCUGCGCCAGGCAGUGUGUGCCGCCUACUACCCGUCCCGUGAGCAGGAGCGCAUGGUCUUCCUCCACAACAUCAUCCUGGCACGGCGGGAGUGGGUGGCACUUGCCCUGCGCUCAAGUGGCACACAGGGCACGGCUGAUGGUAGGAAAAGCAAACUCUUCUUCAUCCUCAUCUCCAGGUUCCCUGCCCUUGCCCGCCUCUCUCGCUUCCUUGGCAUCAAGCAGAAACACUGCCUGGCCUGUGGGGCAGUGGAGCAGCCGGGUUUCAGUGCCUGCAUCACACCCAGCUGCAGAGGGUUGUUUUGCAGGGAGUGCUCCAGAGCCCUGAACAACACCUGCUCUGUCUGCAUGGCCACCCUGAACUACCCGGACUCUGUGGACGAGGAGAUGGACUCCAGCGAUGAGGAGAUGCUUGACUACAAGGAGCAGGCUGAGAGCAAGGGCAGCGAGCUGCGGGAGGUGGUGGCUCGGUGGCCACCCAGCCCUUCCCACCAUGUUCCACUGGGGAACAUGACAGAACAUGGAGAACCCCAUGACAGCACCGGCGUUGGUUCUAGGGCAGCAUCCCACCCUUCUCAGCUCCAGGAAGAGCCCUCGGCUGGGACAGAGACACGCAGGAAGAAGAAACGUCCCAACACAACCCUGAAGCGAGUGGUGGUCGCGGUCCUGCCCGGCCCGUGCAGCCGGUUCCUCUGGAGCCGGCCGGCCGAGCAUCGCUGCAGCAAGAUCUUCCUGGGCGCUGGCUUUGGGAUGCUCCUCAGCCUCGGACUCUGCCAGUUGCUCAUCAUGCCUCUGGACCUGUCAGAGUCAUACAGGGUGAAGCUUACCUGGGGGCUGACGGGGGUGACUGCCUUGGGCUGGGCCACGUCCCCCCACUUCCGCUGUGCCAACCUGCUCAUGGUCCCCAAGUUCCUGGGCAAAGAGGGUCGGCUUUACGUUCUCUCCUUUGUCUUCGCCGCCAUCUACCACGGGCCCGUGGCCAACCUCUGGCACAACCUGAUGGAGGCGAAACGCUCGAUGGACUGCGUGGUGGAUCUUCAGGUCAACCACACGACCGGUCUCUGGGAGGUGUCAACGGCCCCCCUGCGCCGCGUGAUGGAGGAGCUGGUGCGGAGCGGGGAGACGCUGAACACGGAGAUGCAGAACCUCUCACGCGCCUUCGUGGAGCUGAACGACCAGGUGGCCAGCGAUGAGGGCUACAACCUGCGGCAGGACAAGGGCAAGGGCACCCAGCCGGCCCGCAGCACCCAGGAGCUGUACGAGAAGAAGACCAAACAUCGCUGUGCCACUGUGCUUGAGAGUGGUCGUCAGCGCUGCUUAGACUAUUUCAAACAGCUGCACAGGAGCUGCCUGGCAAAAGUGUCCGUGCCCCUCAUCAACCAUGUCCUCUGCCUGCCCAUACGGAUCGGGGUCCUCUGCCAAGCAGUCAAACUCAUGAGCUCCUGGUGCGAGGAGAGGAUCCCUGUGGACAGCAACUUUGGGAAGGUGUUUGACCAGGUGAACGACUCUGUCCAAAGCCUCGGCCAGGAAUUCACUGCCAGCAUCGUCUACAAGGAGGAGCACCAGGAGAUGUUGGUGGGCAUCAACAUAGUGGAGCAGCUGCAGGAGGAGGUGACGUCGCAACUGCGGGAGGAAGGCGCCCGCCUGGGCUUGGCCGUCUCCUUCUUCCGCCUGUUGCUGUCCUUCACCUUCCUCUUCGUCUUCUUCUCGGCUUUCUACUACACCUACCGGUACUGCCACGACAUCGGCUUCGACAACUGCUACAUCACCACCUACUUCCGACAAAUCGAUGCCCGGCGUGGAGAGCAGAACAAGCGGACGCUGCUGCCCCUGCUCCGGGACGAGGCCUCGGCUUUCGUCUUCCCGUGCCGCCUGGCCCUGCAGCGGCCUGAGCUGAAGUACAUGGUGAUGGAACUGCUCAGGUGCAUCCCACUCCUGCUCUUCCUCAUCUUCGUCUGUGGCCUGGACCACUUCAUCUUCGGCGUCCUCAGCAUCAUCCAGAACCACUCCUUUGUGCAGUAUUCCUACCAAACCAGCCACCACAUGUCCGUGACCGUGAUGGGCACGUCCCUGAUGGCGCAGCUGCUGCGGAGCACCAUCGGGGCCCUCAACACCUCCUUCGACACCCAAGUGGAGUCCUCCAACCGCGCCUGCCUGCCAAAGCCCCACGGCAUGACGAGGGAGCAGUACCUCAACACCUGCCUGCCCCUGGUCGCGCUGGCCCUGCUCUGCCUGGCCCAGGUCUACCCGUUCCGCCUGCGCCGCGCCAUCGCCGCCUUCUACUUCCCCAAGCGGGAGAAGACUCGAGUGCUGUUCUUGUACAACAAGUUGCUGCGGCAAAGGAAGAAUUUCUUCCAGCUGCAGCGGAGGCGCAUCGCCCAGAGAGCACGGCAGCCCCCGGGGCUGGGGACGUCGCUGCUGGAGUGGUGCAGCCAGCAUUGGCCUUGGCUGCGCCGCUGCCAGCGCCGGAGCUGCACAUUGUGUGGGACGCCCGGCACCCCCUGGCACCAGGUCUGCCCCGCUCCCGGCUGCCGUGCCUUGUACUGCGACCGGUGCUGGACGGAGGCGGGCGGGACGUGCCUCGCCUGCAGCCCCGAGGAGCCCGGGCUCGUCCAGGACAGCAGCGACGAGGAGGAGGAGCCGGGGUACGCGGGAUGAGGGGGCCCGGCAAUAAAGGCUGUGAUCCCCCCG